AGUAAUCUAAAGAAAAAUAAAGAGGUUGUACGCAUGCUUAUGAGAAACAACUGACAAAUUUUUAAUAAAAUAGGACGGUAGUGACGGAGAAUCUCACCCAGCAAAAACGGAUAAACUAGGCAUAAAAAAUAAAUAAAUAAACAAAUAAAAAAAAAACACUACGGGUUAACCGAUUAAAACCGGUUAUUGUCUUCGGGUCAAUUCCCUAGCUUCGACUGUGGUGCUUCUUGAGCCGAGAAGAAGUUGCCAUCGGCUCAUCGCCAUGUCUGUAGAGCUCAAACUUUCCCGACCAAACCGUAUCUAUCGCCCUAAUGAAGCUCUUGAAGGCAAAAUCAUCACAAAACUUUCUUCUUCAAUCUCCCACCAGGGAAUUCGCCUCACUGUCAAUGGAUCAGUCAACUUACAGGUACGUGGAGGAUCGGCAGGAGUGGUAGAGUCUCUUUAUGGUGUUGUCAAGCCUAUCCCUAUUGUGAAGAAGAGUAUUCAGGUUGCAUCUUCUGGCAGGAUAGGUUCAGGUACAACAGAGAUACCAUUUUCCAUGAUUCUCAGACAUCCAGGAGAUGAUAAUUUGGAAAAAAUUUAUGAAACCUACCAUGGAGCAAAUAUCAGCAUCCAGUAUCUGGUAACUGUAGAUAUACUGAGAGGAUAUCUCCAUAAAUCAUUAUCUGCUACAGUGGAGUUCAUAAUUGAAACUGAAAAAGCUAAUCUUCCGGAGCAAGCAGUUUCUCCUGAAAGGGUCAUCUUUUAUAUUACUCAGGACACACAAAGACAUCCAUUACUUCCUGAACUAAGAUCCGGUGGUUUCCGUGUAACCGGCAAAAUCUGCACGCAAUGUUCAUUGUCAGAUCCUAUUAGUGGUGAGCUUACGGUUGAAUCAUCGGCAGUUCCUAUUCACUCCAUCGACAUCCACUUGCUCCGUAUGGAGUCAAUACUGGUUGGAGAGAAGAUUGUAACUGAGACCUCUUUAAUUCAGACUACUCAGGCAUAUGGUGAUGUUUGCCGUAACAUGAGUCUACCUAUCUAUAUCAUAAUUCCCCGGCUUUUGACUUGUCCGACCAUUUUUGCUGGUCCCUUCUCCGUCGAGUUCAAACUUUCGCUAGUCAUUACCUUUCAGUCAGAGCUGUCCAAAUUGCAUCCUAAAUCCGAUCCUAGAACUCCCAGACAGUGGCUGGCAAUGGAAAGUGUACCACUGGAAUUGGUUCGAACAAAGUGAUACCAUCUCCUCAAACUUCUCCUACCUGAAGAUCGGAAAAUCGGAUAAAAACUCUUGCACAUGAAUUUAGCCACAACACCUGUUCGAAUAGGACAAUGGCGAUUACUUUGAUGUGCAUUAGUUAUGCAAUUUGUCACUUUAAGCAAUGGGAUGAGAAUUAUUUAUUCCUUUUCAAUAUUGUGUUUGUAUAUCCUCAAACGUGUAACCUCUAUCUCUCACCAUUACCGGUAGCUGCAAGGCUUGAUGCUGAGAUUGGUAAAAAAAAAAAAAAAAAACCGAAGAAAAAGAAAAAUACAGAGAGACUAUUUAUAGGCUUACAUAUUAUGGUAAGCCCGUGACAAGUUCUUUCUUUAUCAUGUAAUGCUCCAGUAAACAAUAUGGAAAAAGAAGGUUUGCAAGAGAUGGAAUUGAACUCAUUUUAUCUUA